AUGCGAUUCAGGAGAUAUAGACUCAAGGCGUUGACGUUGUACUGCGGUAUCGUAGCCGUAAUUUUUCUAUUAUGGUUUAACAUGAAUGCUGGGAAGGAUCCUUUGCAGAUGAAAUACAAAGAUUUCAUAUAUAGGUACCAACAUAUAGCACUGGAUCUACUUCAUUGGUCAACCAACUCCUAUGAAAAACCCGGUAUAAAAAACGAUCCUGAGGUUCAAAAGCUAUUAGAAAGAUUGGAUGUACCCCUGUACAAUGACCAAGAACUAAGCAACCCAUUGUUGAAAACUAAAGCUUUGGAGGAUUACAAAAACUUUAUGAAAAGGCCAAUCGACGAACCGAAGGUAGAGAAGCUUAUCCGUAAAGAUGAUGAGCUAUCAGGUAAGACAUCGGCAACUAUACUCUGUCUGGUAAGGAACGAAGAUCUAAAUGCAAUUAUACGAUCUAUGAAAGAAUUAGAGCAUGUCUUCAACAAUGAUUUCAAGUAUCCAUAUACUUUCUUAAACGAUGAGCCCUUUACGACUGAAUUCAAAGCAAGAAUGAUGAAAGAAUUUCCUGGUCGUGUACUUUAUUUUGGUACCAUUGAUCAUGAAAUGUGGUCCUUCCCCUCCAGCUUGGAUAUGCGCAAAUAUAAAAGGAAUAUGAAAAUCCUGAAGCAAACUGGUGUGGGGUAUGCCGAACUAGAUUCAUACCAUCAUAUGUGUCGUUUCUACUCCAAGUUUUUCUACAAACAUCCAUUAUUACAACAAUUUCGGUACGUUUGGAGAUUGGAGCCUGAUGUCAAAUUCUAUUGUAAGAUUGAAUAUGAUGUGUUCCACUUCAUGAACAUAUAUAAUAAGGUUUACGGAUUCACAUUGAAUCUUUACGAUAACCCGAUUUCCAUAUCAACUCUAUGGCCUACCACUUUAGACUUCCUCCAGAAAAAUCCUCAGCAUCUACAUAAAAACGGCGCCUUUGAAUGGUUAAAAGAGAAUGCACAGAAACCUGACAAUUUUGAAAUAACUUUUGGAUACAGCACUUGUCAUUUCUGGACCAACUUCGAACUUAUUGAUCUUAAAUUUCUGCGAUCUGAAGCAUACGAAAGCUAUGUGAAAUACCUGGACGACAGCGGUGGAUUUUAUUACGAACGAUGGGGCGAUGCGCCUGUUCGAAGCAUUGCACUAGCAUUAUUUGCAAAUAAAUCUGAUAUCCAUUGGUUUAGAGAUAUUCCUUAUUAUCAUAUGCCGUACACAAACUGUCCUCUCUCUAGCAACCCGAACAAAUGCUCUAACCGAUGUAUAGCGGGCAGCUUUUGUUCUGAUUAUGCAUUGCAAGUUGAGAAUUGUAUGGGUACCUGGAUAAAUUACUCCAUGACAAAGGAGGACCAAGAAUUAUACUAA